GGAGGGCGGGCGGCCGCCAUCGCCUCCCCGGCGCGGUCCCGCCUCCCGCCCGCAGAGCCCGGGCCGGCGGCGGGCAUGGCGGCGGCGCGGGGCCGGGUGCUGUGCCUCUUCGACGUGGACGGGACCCUGACGCCGGCUCGGCAGAAAAUCGAGCCGGAGGUGGACGCGUUCCUGCGGGAGCUGCGGGAGAGGGUGCACAUCGGCGUGGUGGGAGGCUCCGACUAUGCCAAGAUAGCCGAGCAGCUGGGGGACGGGGACGAAGUCAUUGAAAAGUUUGACUAUGUCUUCGCAGAGAACGGCACAGUGCAAUACAAGAAUGGGCAGCUGGUCUCCAAGCAGGCCAUUCAGGACCACCUGGGGGAAGAGCUGCUGCAGGAUCUGAUCAACUUUUGUCUCAACUACAUGGCAUUGCUGAAGCUGCCCAAGAAACGAGGAACCUUCAUUGAGUUUCGCAAUGGGAUGCUGAACAUCUCCCCCAUCGGAAGAAGCUGCACCCCAGAAGAGCGAAUUGAGUUCUCUGAGCUGGACAAGAAAGAGCGGAUCCGGGAGAAGUUUGUGGCAGCCUUGCAGAGGGAGUUUGCUGGCAAGGGCCUGCGUUUCUCCCGAGGUGGCAUGAUCAGCUUUGACGUGUUCCCAGAGGGCUGGGACAAGCGCUACUGCCUCAAUGUGCUCGAUGACGAGAGAUUCGACACCAUCCACUUCUUUGGGAAUGAGACGACCCCUGGAGGGAACGAUUAUGAAAUCUAUGACGAUCCCCGCACUGUGGGACACAGUGUCCAGUCCCCCCAAGACACGGUCCAGCGAUGCCGCGAAAUCUUCUUUCCAGAAAGAGCCAAUGAGUGCUGACUGCCAGGUCCUUGCAGCCCUGCCCCAGUCCCACUCUCUCCCCCCACCAGGAAAAGCACCUUGAUUUGAGGAAUCUGCUCAGGGUAGACCAAAAAAACACUUUACAGAGCUGGUGAGGAUGUAACACGAGUGCGGGCGGGUGGCAGGAGGAGCCUUAGCUGAGCAGCCCUUCGGCACUCCCCAUCUGUGGCUAGGGGUCGUGGCACCAGACCCUCCUCGCCUUCAGAAAAACUUCUCUCUUGACAGUUCGGCUGUGGUGGGAGGUGAUGCAGAUGCUUUUGUGAUUGGAAAGCAUUUGAAAGGGACAGUCGAGAGCAUGUGUGUGUCCUCCCCAUGCUCCCUCUCCUCUCCUUUUCCACUCUGUUUCUCUUAACAGUUCUGCAUGAGGGAAUAUGCUUCUCAUCUUUCUCUCUCCCUUGUACCUUGGCCCAGGAGGCCAGGGCUGCUGAGGCUGCAGACAUUCACAGGAGCUGCUCCAAGGCAAGAAGCCAGGAAGGCUGUUUGCUCCAAGCCUUGGUAGGAAGGAAUAGUUGGGAUCCCAUCUUGUUGCACCAUUGUGCAUUCUAAUGGAGAGGUCACCAUGUCCUUGCCCUCAAUGCCACACUGUGCCAGUCCCUCCCUACAGGUGACCUGGGAACAAUAGCUUUAAAAUUACUGGGCUGCUGCUCUGAGCUUUGCUCGGGUGCAUGAAGAAACCAGUUCUUCUCUAUAGCUUACAAAAGCCCCCUAGGGUUUAUUUUCUAUAUUAUUAUUCUCUAUGUUCAAGUCAGACCUUGCCUGGCAUGGCUGGAGGAUGCUGGCACCUGGUGUGUGCAGAGCAUGCUCUGGAGCAGUUUGGGGCAGAAGGCUUUCCAAUGGCCUUCCCAGUCCCAUGUCCAUUAGGUGACACAGACCACAGAAUCACAGAAUUGUUAGGGUUGUAAGGGACCUCUGGAAAUCAUCUAGUCCAACCCCCUGCUAAGGCAGGGUCACCUAGAGUGGGUUAAGCAGGAAUGCAUCCAGGUGGGUUUUGAAUGUCUCCAGAGCGGGAGACUCCAGGACCUCCGUGGGCAGCCUGUUCCACUGCUCUGCCACCCUCUACAUGAAGAUGUUCUUCCUCAUGUUGAGGUGAAACUUCUUGUGUUUUUAGUUUAUGGCCGUUGCUCAUUGUCCUGUCGCUGGGCACCACUGGUAAGAGUCUGGCACCAUCCUCCUGGCACCUGCCUUUGAGGUAUUUAUAUGCAUUAAUGAGUUCCCCUCUUAGUCUUCUCUAGACUAAACAGGCCCAGCUCCUGCAGUCUGUCCUCGUUAGAAAGAUGUGCCUGUGUAAAACCUUACCCAGGGCAUUCAUAACAGACCAAGUCUCCUUGCUUUCCAGUGCUCAGCUUUCCAUCCUGCUGCCAGAGAUAUUUUCAGAGAGGACCAACACAGGCCAAAUGUGGUUCAUAGUGCCAAUGGAGGCACCUCCCAAGCAGUGCCCUCCAAGCUUGCUUUUCUACCCCGUCUUGUCCCACACACUCAGUUUACAUGGUCAUCUUUAGGGAGGCAGGGUGUCUAGUGCAGCCGUUGCCUGUCCUAUUCCUCUCCCUGGAUCUUUGUGGGUUGCAAACCCACAUCUCUCCCUUGACCUUCUCCCUCUUAUUCCCGGCAGUUACCUUAGGGUGUGUGGCCACACUAGUAGCACUAGUCAUAAUUUAGUGCUCAAAAGGAGCUCAGGGAGAUGUCCUGCUUGUAGCUCCUCCAGACACGCGAUCUGGCGUUUGUGGACCUGGAGAGUGCUGGAGGUUCCUGCAAACCUCCCACCAUUGCUCCCCAGGAGUCUUUCUCAGCCCAUCCCUGGUGGUAUGGCACUGCCCUGUCUCUUGCUCCUGUUUUUUCUACCCUUUUUCUCCUCUUCCUGCUUUCCUCACCGUUGCUCUUCAUCUCCCACUAGCAGCUGGACUGCAGAGAGAAGUUUCGCAGCUGCCUACUGCCACCUAAGCAAGGCACCACCACCUUCCUGAGGUGAGAUACACUGGUGCUUUCAGACCCAGGGCAGGGCUCCCCCAUUGCCAUGGGCAGAGUUCCAAGCGGCUGCCUGGCCGCAGGAGCAAGGAUACUGUAUGACCAAUGCUGGUGGGGUGCUGUCUCCUCCACUUAAUUGCACAUCUUAACUACAACACAUCAGAUCUCUGAUGCAUCACAUUUGCAUGAGUGCAGCUGUCUGCCUGGCAUCUGGAAAUCCCCAACAAAUGCACAAAUUCCUCCUUCUACCCAGAGAAGAUUUCUGUGUGGGAGAAGAGGACCUGUUGGAGAAGCCUGAAUGCAGGGUACCCGUUUCACAGGUCACAGGUUUUGGCCCUUCACUGCAACCUUCAUGGAGGAAUUGUGUGUUUUGUGGUUCCUCCUUCUGUGUUUCACUGUGGAUCAGGUUACAUGUGAGUCUUGGGGAGUUUAUUUUUCCUGUAAGUCUAUUCAAAGCCAGCUGGACCUCUAGUGAGUUUAGUGAAGAGCAGGGCCUAGCCCUGACGGCAUGGGGCACCAUGGUGGCCAUGGGGGCUGGCAUGAAGGGAAAGGCAGGCUCUGUCCAAGGCUGCUCCUGGUGGGAGUAUGUCCCUUGCUCAGGAUGGGGUGAGUUGCAGGUUGAGCAGAGCAGAGAGACAGAGAUGACCUUUGAGGCACCAGCCAUCGCUUUCUCAGGAGCUCACUUGUGCAUGGGUGGGAUCAGGUUCAGGAACUGUCCCCAUUCCUCUCUCUUACACCAAGCUUGGGCUAGUUGAGGGCAUCUCCCACCUGGACACCCAAGAGGCCAAGAGGGAUGAGGAGGAGGAUGGCGGCAUGAGAAGUAGGUGGGGCAGCCACAGGGUGUCAGAGCCACAGAAUGGUUGAGGUUGAAGGGACCUCUGGAGAUUCCUGGUCCCACACCCCUGCUCAAGCAGGGCCACUGAGAGCCCUGGCUGCCCAUGCUGUGUUUUUGCAGGCAGGGAUGACACAGGGAUGGGAGCCCUACACCUAGGGGACGUUUCAUGCCUGUCGCUGAGACCCCUUUGAUGCUCCUGUCACGGUGGGUGCCCACAGAGCAAGUGGGGGUUUCUCCCUGUGCAUGAGUGAGCAGGUGUGGCAGGCCCCACGCCCGGGACUGUCUUGCUACGUGUCUCCAUAUCCGUGCAAGAUGGGCGGCUCCUGUCUGGCUGAUACCAACUGUUAAAGAAGAAAUAUAUUUAAAUACAUAGAUACGUAUAUUAAAAAAAUUAAAAUCAAUCCUAUUAAAGCCACAACACGCAGCAGUUGGAGGCAGCAUGUGCUUUGUGCUGGGCUGUGUGGGGGUGAAAGGCAGCCAGACUACAGGCAGCCACACUUAUAAAUGCCCACAGCAGUGAGGAACCAGCCUCGGUCCUGGUCACCCCUCAUGGUGGGCAGCAGCUUCCCAUCCCAGGCUCACAGUGUGCUCCCCGUGAGCAAAGGCUGGAGCCCUCCCAGCCCCCCGGGACAUACUGUGCGGAGGUGGGUGAAUCUGUUCUGACGCCUGGAUUAAUCCCUGGGUGCUCCAGGUCCUUUACCUGAGAGAAUCACCAACAUCCCCACUGUGAUACAAACACACAGGACAAAAAGCCGGGAUGGGCAGGGCUCAUGGGAAAGUCACUUUUAAUGGUUUAUUGCCAAUGUUACAAAGGUUGACACAUGGUCAGACAGGCGGGAACCACACUGGAGUUGUAAAACCAACAACAACAAGUCUAGGGUUUUAGUUUAUUUAAAAAAAAAAAAAAUAGAGAAACUAAAAAUCAGUUUGCCUUGGCCAAGCUGACUGCAUGUCCUGGGUAUGCCUGGAGCCUGAGCCAGGGUUGCCACAGCCCCUGGAAGAGCCAGGCUUUCAGUUGGCAGUGAGACAGGCCAGAGGGUCCCAGGGCAGUCCCCACACCAGCCUGGUCUGGGGUAGCAUGUGGUGGUCUUCCUGAAUCCACAAGGCCCAGCUGUCCUGCAUGGCACCAGCCGUGCCCCGCUCCUCUCCCCACUUAUCCCUCUCAACAACAAUGGCAGGAAAGGUGGCAAACACCCCCACGCUGGUCCAUGCUGAGGACCAGCUGGCACCUCCUGCUGAGCAGGUGCCCCAGGAGCUGGCUGUCACUUCCUGCCCUGCUCAGAGGGUCUACUGGCACCCCACUGUUCCCAACCCUGCUUUGAAAUAAAUCUUUUAAGAUGCUGAUAA